UAGGAAGUGGUUUCACUUGGCCAAAUCCUAGGGUGACAGUAGAGUCGAGUCAAUCGUUCGAUCAGGGCUCGUUUGAAUCGACGGACUGGAGCCCGAGUUUCAUGUGUUGUCAUUCCGGCUGGGGAUGCAACCAUGGAAAUUACCCCAGCAUUCAUCAAUAUGAUCACCAAUGGAUUUACUUUCUCCAGGGCUAGCAAUGAGGAUCCUCAUGAACAUCUCCGUCGGUUCGCGAGCAUAUGUGAUACGAUGAAGAUCCCAACAGUGUCUGAUGAUGCAAUUCGUCUUUGGAUGUUCUCAUUCUCCCUGAUAGGGAAUGCAUCACACUGGUUUCAGAACUUGACACCACGUUCCAUCACGACAUGGGCUCAGCUUGAGAAGGUCUUUCUGGAUAAGUACUUCCCACCUGCCUUGGCAAUGAAGAGGCAAGAAGAGAUUGUUACUUUUAAGCAGGCUGAUGAUGAGAGUCUGACUAAGGCAUGGGAGCGCUAUAAGGGGAUUUUGAUAAGAUGCCCAAGCCACGGUCUACAAGAUUGGAACAUUAUCAUUAUUUUCUUCAAUGAAAUCAGAAGGGAGUUUCAGGAUGCCCUGAAUAAUGCUUCUCGAAAUGGUUUCACAAGCAUGGAGGCACCAGCAGCAUAUGAUCUGGUAGAGAAGAUCUGUUCAGAAGCCACUGAAUGGGGUAGUGAGACCAGUAUUUGAAGAAGAGGAGGCUUGCAUGAGAUAAACAGAGUUGCGAGUCUAGAAGCCAAGAUAGAUGCCAGCUGGAUUCUAAGUUCGAUGCACUCGAACGAAGGCGGGCCAAGAUUGCUCUGGGUAGACAAGAGGAGGUUGUUUCAUCUAAACUUUGUGAGGGUUCUCAUCAUAGGGAUAUGUGUCCACUGGGAGCUGCUCAGUUGGAAGAUGUCCAAUAUAUCAAUAAUCCGCGA